CGGCCCUCUCUGCCACUCCUUCUCUCAUCUUCUACGUUUCUCCUUGGGAUCGGUUCCCUCACUCAGUCUUUGCCGUCAAGUACAUGCCACACAUUGCCUUGCAGCAGCUGUCUGCAGCGGCAAGGCGGGGCAGGAGACCCGGUAGACGGUGCGAGGACUUGGAGUGACUAACGAGAGCAGGCUUCUUCUCUCCAUCCCCAUCCCCUAACACCACCACCACCACCACCCAGCAGCACACUUGUUGUUUCCUGAGCUCCGCAUGUUGAUCUCUGCUUGUUUGCUUGCUCACUUGCAGCAGCAGCAGCAGCAGUGUUUUGCUGCAAUGACGACUACGACGACGGUGCUGCGAGGACGGAUGAGUGGUCUCUAGGAGUGUCCUCACUCGCACCAGCUCCGCUUCCAGCUUCUCGUAAUGGAAAGAUCAAUCAAUUGUCUUGUUCUUUCCCAUCAGCAGUGACGUCACUGCGAAUCGAACCGGGCGGUGGGUUAAUUGCGCUAUAACCUUGACGAGUCACAAUAUUCUCGGGGAUCGCACUGCUUUCUUCCUCUCUUUAGGAUUCUCAUGCCAAAAUAAAAUAUUGUCCAAGACAACUUGUGCGAUCGGUUGCACUGCCGGCUCCACAAGGACGAACUAAUUUGAAUUUGAAAGAAGGAAAAAAACGAUGCAGGAGAGCAUAAAAUGCAGUGUGUGGCUAGCUUCUUUGGUGGUUUCGCUGUGUUUGCAACAAGCCUGGGUCGUUGCUGCAGACCCCUCGCAUAGGGUGCUCAGGCUUCCUGGUCAGCCUCCAGUUCGUUUCAAGCAUUACGCAGGAUAUGUGUCUGUGAAUGAAGGAAAAGGCAGGGCUAUCUUCUACUGGUUCUUCGAAGCUGACCACCGGAAAGCAGGCACAUUGCCUGUCUCGUUCUGGUUCAAUGGAGGGCCAGGAUGUUCAUCUAUAGGAGCAGGUGCAAUGUACGAAUUAGGUCCAUUUUUCAAUGCAAACGAAGCUGGCAAGUCAGGAUUGGUGCGCAAUAAACAUUCCUGGAACAAAGCUUCGAACAUCGUCUUCGUGGACUCGCCAGUUGGAGUUGGAUAUUCGUAUUCCAACACUUCGGCGGACUAUAAUUACUUGGACGACGAACUGACAGCUAUCGAUGCUAUGGCUUUUCUUGUGGGAUGGUUUACGAAAUUUCCCCAGUAUCAGAGCAAUGACGUUUAUCUCCUUGGUGAAAGCUAUGCAGGUCAUUACGCUCCAAACCUUGCCAAGAAGAUUCUGAUCCACAACGAAAUCCCCGGGAAGCUCAGGAUCAAACUUAAGGGAUUCCUGAUAGGAAACCCGUGGACAGAUUCCUACUAUGACAACAAGGGCGCUGUGGAUUUCUGGUACCACCAUUCUCUGAUCUCGGAUGAGACCUACAACGAAAUUCAAAAGAGCUGUGAUUAUAGACAGGAACCUGCAGUUGGAUUCUCUAGUAGUGCUGCUUGCAGAAACGCCGCUAGCCAUGCCUCCAACCUCGAAAUGGCAGAAAUUGAUGCUUAUAACAUCUACGCUGGCAACUGCAACUCUAUCAGCGUUAACGACUCCGCAAAAAACACUAAGACGAGGCCGAGCUUCUUCCUCGCAUUGAAGGACUCAAACUUUUGUGGACCUGACACGACCACACCGUAUCUCAACUUGCCAGAAGUGAAAGCUGCUCUUCAUGCACGGCCAGGGAUCAACUGGACUGAAUGCAGCCUGCAAAUCAACAGUCAAUACAGUGUGACGAGCGUGGUGGAGUCUAUGCUGCCAGUUUAUCGGUACCUCCUCACGAGAGGGCUAAAAAUGUGGAUUUACAGUGGAGAUAUUGACGGAGUAGUGCCGACAACGGGCACAAGGUACUGGUUGAGAGAGCUCGACCUUGAAGUGCAGGUGCCAUGGUAUCCAUGGAACCACUCUACUCAGGUGGGAGGAUGGACCCAAGUGUACAAAGGCUUGACGUUUGUGACAGUGAGAGACGCAGGGCAUAUGGUUCCAGCAGACAAGCCUUCCCAAGCGUUGCAUGUAUUUAGAAGAUUUCUUGCUGGGAAACCACUCCCCGGUUUUUAGGUCAUCAAAUUAACCCUGCUGGGAUCAAUUGGAACUUUCGUGCCUGCUGAAAACUCCUACUGCCUUAGCAGAAUGUGGGUUGAGAAUGAAAGAUGUGAGGAGCUCAAGGCCAUGGUGUUUCCAUCAGGUGGAUGAUGUUAAACAUGUCCUCACUGUUUGAAAUUGUUAUAAAAGACGUUUGCUCAAUAAAAUCUGCACCUGCGGCUUCCACUAAUGAAGUAGAGGAAGCUACUCUCGAUUAUCUAAA